GGCGCGGCCAGUAGCAGCUGACCGAUUGGAGCGUACGGAGUUCGGAGUUCGGAAUGGUUCCUUCCGCCCUCGCCUCGCAGUCCUCGCGCUCGUGCGUGUCCGCGUAAGCUCGUGCGUUUCUCGGCGGGGUCCGUCGACCGUCUCACGACGGUCGACGCGCGUCGCGUGUGAUCCGAGAAAAUAAAAAGCAAAGCCGGCGCCGCGACGAGGAACGAGGAGAUCCGCGAGGACGCCGCAUCUUCUGCGUCGAUUGCGAAACUGGUGAAAGGCGCGCGCGACACGCGGGACGAGGACCACGACUACCACGACUACGACGAGGCUGACACGGCCGCGGCGGUCACGACGGGUCACGGCUGGAAUUGCCACGGUCAACGGUACGCCGGGUGACUAUUAAAGCGUCGUUGAUCACCCGUGGUGAGGCAUAUCCUGUCCUAAGAUUAAACGACCCUGUGGAAGCCGUGCGUCCAACGAGGGAUCUCGAGGCAGGUUGCGCCGCUUCUCGACGAAGGGAUUGCCGUUAUUUGCCGUUGUCUCGCGAUUACCAACUAUUCCGGGACCAAUCCAAGAUCAGCGGUCAAAUUGGGCGAAGUGGGAUACAAUGAGGUAGUAGUAGACUGUUCACGGAGUACCUGGUGAGAGGUGGUUUUUAGCGCAACGGGCGAAAUGUUGCUGUCGAGCCGCGGCGGCCGAAAGGGGCCGAUCGCCUGCCUGGUAGGCCUCCUUCUCAUCUUCGCUCUUUACCAGCUGGGCAUUAUUUGCGGCUCCACCAGGUACAUGCCCGCGGCUGUGAUGGUCAGCAAGGAGAAAUACGUGAUCGGGCCGUUUGAUCGCAAGACGUACACGUACGACCGUUACAUGCCGCUCAUUUUCAUCGGCGGUGUACCACGAUCAGGUACAACCCUAAUGCGUGCCAUGCUGGACGCGCAUCCUGACGUGAGAUGCGGGCAAGAGACCAGAGUUAUACCGCGGAUUCUCCAGAUGAAGAUGCACUGGUCCAAGUCCGAGAAGGAAAACGUACGGCUCACCGAGGCGGGGAUCUCGAAAGAGGUGAUAGACAGCGCGAUAGCGGCGUUCUGCUUGGAAAUAAUAGCGCGACACGCCGAGCCUGCGCCGAGGUUGUGCAACAAGGAUCCACUCACCCUGAAGAUGGGCUCGUACAUCCUCGAGCUCUUCCCGAACGCAAAAUUUAUAUUCAUGGUGCGCGACGGACGCGCGACGGUGCAUUCCAUCAUAUCCAGGAAGGUCACCAUAACGGGAUUCGACUUAUCGUCUUACCGGCAGUCUCUCAUCAGGUGGAAUCACGCGAUUUCCGUAAUGUACGGCCAAUGCAAGGAACUGGGACCUGAGAGAUGUCUGAUGGUCCCUUACGAACAGCUGGUGCUUCAUCCGCGCCAAUGGAUGAAGAAGAUAUUAAACUAUCUGGACGUGCCGUGGAAUGAGUCCGUCAUGCAUCACGAGGAAUUCAUUAACAAACCUGGCGGAGUGCCUCUGAGCAAGGUCGAGAGAUCGUCGGACCAAAUCAUAAAGCCUGUAAAUCUGGCGGCGCUUACCAAAUGGGUCGGUAACAUUCCCGAGGAUGUGGUGCGGGAGAUGGCGGACAUCGCGCCGAUGCUCUCUGUGCUCGGCUACGAUCCUUACGCAAAUCCGCCCGUUUAUGGCGCACCGGACAGUUUAGUUAGCGACAACACCAGACGGGUGUUGGAAGGUGAAAAACUGUGGGAGGAAAAGGCGCGGGCGUACCAUCUAUCGCAUAAGCCGAUCGAGAACAGCAACGAGGAAGCUGCUUCCAGCACAGCCCCAAUCGCGUGACCCCGCCUGAUUCUCGUAGGCGCGAGCGACACGUAACCUACUACCAUCCUAAGUCCCAUCGAUUUAGGAUUUCCGUGUAUGCGGAGACCACCCCCUUGUACUUCUAAAGUAAACUCAGUCUCGCACGACGGCGAGUCGCGUCGUGAAUUAAUCGCCCUUGUCGUAUUUUCUCAGUCUCCUCCGUUAUCGCAUCCCGACGACGAUAGAUUAAUCGAUCAUUCCUCGUGACGCUUAUUUAUUCGCAUCAGGAUCUUCGCGAAACCAGAUGACGUAAUAUACUAGGCCGUGACUAGAAAAUAGGAUGCGUCAGAAAUAAACGGCCAAACUUCAAGAGACGUGCUAUUCCAGUAUUACUUGACAUGAGGCAUGAGGCAUCGAUGUCAAGCGUUUCUCAGCUGCGACACACGUCUCUUAGAAUGAAAAGAAAAGAACAAGGUUUAUUUUAAGAUUAAACUUUUAUGAACUUUCUCAGCGUUCUCGCAAUAUUCUACCGCAGACUGUAAGAGAAAAGUAUGUAUAACUCAAAGAAAAAGAGAGAGAGAAAGAAAAACAGCAUUUUUGGACAUGUAACUGUAUGACUUUUUCAAGAUGAGAAUAAAUUCUUUAUGUUUGGUCGUUUAUUUCUGGAAGGAUCUGUAUAUUACCGCGAUAACUAUAUAAUAGUCAUAGUAAUAUUUUUAAUAGUAAAAUAUCAAUUUAAAAGGUUUGAUGCAAAGACAAAACAAAGUUUUCGUUUUAUAUAUUUUAUAUUUAAAAUGGAUUUUACAAAUUAUUAUCGCAAAUUCAUUAUGAGAUUGAUCUUUUUACUUUUCAUUGUGAGAUUAAUCUUUUUAUUUUUCAUUGUGAGAUUAAUCUUUUUAUUUCUCAUCGUUAGAU